CAACGGAAAGCACAAAGCUACGGUCGUGAAAACCGAGCAAAGCUAUUUACGUGAAAUUAAAAAUUAACAUAAAAAUAAAGAAAAUUUAACGCAAAUUUUGCGUUGAAUAAGAAAAGUUUUUGAAAUUUCUGUGUGUGUGCGCGUGUCUGUGUGUAGUGCAUUAAAUUCCACGAGUUGUCAGAAAGUUGGUCAACAAGGAUAAUAAAACGGCGCGCCGUCAGCUUGCGUCCUGUGUGAAAAAAUCCGCCCCUAAACGGAACAUCUAAAAAGAAGCUAAGCCAACCCAAAGUUUGAAAACGGCUCGUUGGAACGGCAACAAUCAGAGUUAACUCCCAGCGUUGAUGGCUGCCACGAAAAUAAUUGAUGCACCGCGUAACGGUCACGAAAUGGCGCCCCUGAACACAAGAGCACGGGGCGAUGGCACCCACGGGGUGACCAUUGUCCUAACCGCUCCGCAACGCAAUUCGGUGCAAUCGGUGGAUAUACCAGGUGAACCGGACCGCGCCGCCUGGAGCGGCAAGAUGCAGUUCUUUCUCAGCAUUAUUGGCUAUUCGGUGGGGCUGGGCAACAUCUGGCGUUUUCCGUAUCUGUGCCAACAGAAUGGUGGCGGUGCAUUUCUGAUACCCUUCAUGAUCAUGCUGAUUUUGGAGGGCAUACCCUUGUUUCUCAUCGAGCUGGGCAUUGGCCAGCGCAUGCGUUUAGGCGCUCUGGGCGUGUGGAAUACCAUACAUCCCUGGCUGGGCGGCAUUGGCAUCUCCUCGUGCAUCGUCACGCUCUUCGUGGCGCUCUACUACAACGUGAUUAUUACGUGGGUUUUCUUCUAUCUGUUUAAUAGUUUUCGGUACCCGCUGCCCUGGUCCACCUGUCCUCUUAAUGGCAGCGGCUUUGAGCUGGACGAGUGCGCCAAGUCAUCGGAGACUACAUAUUUCUGGUACCGCACCACCUUGGAUGCGGCGCCCUCGAUGGAUGAGCCCGGUGGCCUCAAGUGGUGGAUUGUAUUGUGCCUGCUGCUCUCCUGGACCAUUGUCUUUUUCAUUGUCAUGAAGGGCAUCCAGAGUUCCGGCAAGGUGGUCUACUUCACCUCGCUCUUUCCCUACAUUGUGCUCACCAUAUUCUUUGUACGGGGCAUAACGCUGCGCGGCGCCGGCGCCGGUCUGAUACACAUGUACACGCCCAAGGUGGAAAAGCUGCUGGAGCCGACAGUUUGGCUGGAUGCGGCCACACAGGUCUUUUACUCAUUUGGCCUGGCCUUUGGCUCGCUGAUUGCCUUUGGCAGCUAUAAUACGCCAAAGAAUAACUGCGUCCGGGAUGUGCUGCUGGUGUCCGUAUGUAAUGCAGUCACCGCCAUCUAUGCGAGUGUCGUCAUCUUUGCCAUACUCGGCUUCAAGGCCACUGUCAAUGUGGAUCGCUGUGUGGCCGGCAAUACGGAAAUAUUGGUUAAGAAUGCGCUGCUGCCCUUCAAGAAUGCCAGCAGCGAGGAUUACGAAGCGGCCAUCCAUAAGAUCAAUGCAACCGAAUUCAGCUUAUUGCAUCUCAGUGAGUGCAGCCUGUCCAAGGAGCUAGACAAUGCCGCUGAAGGCACCGGCUUGGCAUUCAUUGUCUUUACCCAGGCCAUAGUCGAGCUGCCCGGCGCACCGUUCUGGGCGGUGUUGUUCUUUACCAUGUUACUGUCGUUGGGCUUGGGCUCACAGAUUGGCAUUCUUGAGGGGAUGCUGUGCACGUUGUUCGACAUUGACAUCAUCAAGCGGGUUAAGAAACAACAUGUCACUGGUGUGGUAUGUCUAUUCUGCUUUAUUGUCGGUUUCAUCUUCUGCACAGGUGCCGGCGAAUAUUGGCUCAAGAUGUUUGAUUCAUUUGCCGGUACAAUUGGUUUGGUUGUAGUUGCCCUAAUGGAAAUGAUUGCUGUCAUAUUUAUCUACGGACAUGAACGCUUCACUGAGGACAUCUAUCAAAUGACGGGCUACAGACCCGGCUUGUAUUGGCAGUGGACCUGGCGCUAUAUUGGCCCAGUUAUCAUGGUGUGCAUAUUGGUCUCCUCCAUAGUCUUUAUGGUCAUACGUAAUCCUACAUAUGGCGCUUGGAAUGCCGAUCUGGGCGUUGUUGAACAAAAGAAUUAUCCCAGUUGGGUUAUGGGCGUUGCUCUGGCAAUGAUCCUGGCUGGUGUGCUGCCCAUGCCCAUUGUGUUCCUCAUGCGCAGCUUCCAGUGCCUCAAGGUGGACCUGGACAUACACCAAGGCUCCAUUAGGCGAAAUGAGACGACUGCCUCAACCAAGGAAAUGAUUGACAAUGAUGAUGAUGAAGACGAUGAGGAUGAUGAGAAUGACUUUAGUGGGCCCGCGUUAGGUGGUCAUGUGAAGACUCAGAGCGAUUUCUCAGACGAUGAUGAGGAGGACAAGCCCAUGACAAUGCGUAUGAUGAUGAUGCGUCCAACAACACAUGCAAACACGCCCCUUAAAAACCUGGGCACAAGUCAUCUAAAUGUGCCAACAAGCAGAAAGAAGAACUACAGAAAGAACGCCUAUGAUGUGUAGACAAGCAAGUGCGGCAAGGGUAAGCAACCUCUUAAUUCUAGAGGUUAGGUCAAAAAAAAAAAAAAAAAAAAAAAAAAAACAGAAAUCUAUAUAUAGAGAACAAUAUGCUAUAUAUAAAUCUGGUGUUGCGAUUAAAGCGCAAAAACCAUUUAUAUAUUUACACUAAGUAUUUUAACAUAAUUUAUAUUUAAAAAACCUUAAGUUAAGCGAAAAACAAAUUAAACAAAUAUUAAACAAAGAAAUUUAAGAAGAUUUAAAAAAGAAGCUAUAAAUAGUUAAAACAAAAUUGUUAAAAUAACAUUUUAUUGCACACACACACUCACACACAAUUAAACUAUGUACAAUGAGCUACAAUUGAACUAAAAACGGGUCUCUGAAGAGAGUUGAAAAGAAAAAUGUUUGUAAUUUCUGUUGCCGUAGCAUUUAGUUGAAAACUGUUUUUUAGAAUUUAACUGUUGAGCACAAUGCAAUUGUAUUUGUGUCCUUAUAAACCCUAAUACAUAUAUAUUAUAUAUAUACUAUAUAUAACCCAGUUGUAUACCCUGCCUAGCCAUGAGAACUUUUAAUUGCAAAACGCUUUUUGUAGUGUAACCCAAAGAAACUUUUAACCAAACGCAUUUCCAAGAGUUUAACUCAUUAUUUUUAUUUACUUAGUAGCAUUCAGUUUCAAGUUGAACUUAUCGCGCCCAAAUAUAUAUUCAGUUUAGCUCUAUACAAGGUUAAUUUAAAUAUAUAUAUACUUAUAUAUACUUAUGUAUAUGUGUAAAUGCAAAAGUAUUGUAAUAAUAAUAAGAAAAAAUGCAUAAAUUUAAUAUAAACAGAGAUCGAAAAGGUUAGGCAAGUUGAAAUAUUAACUAAAGAAUUACUAGUUCAGUUGUUAACUGCAAAUAAAAUAAGAAAAUACUAAAAAUACCAAAAAAACAACAGAAAUACUAAAAUUUACACGCAGAUAAAAAUAGAAAAAAAUGUUUAAAAAAACAGUAUGGCAUGUGUGAUAUUCUAAAUAAUAUCCUCGAAUUGUAGUCUAAGAAAUAUCAUCAAUUAUGUUUACGUUUUACAACUUAUUUUCACAUACGGCCACUUGCUUCAACCUAAUCUCAAAUAAUUCAGUAUUUUAAUAUUUUCUGCCCUCACAUGUUUAUUUUUCACACACUGAAAGUAUUUUCUUAUAUUCAAAAACAAAAAAAAAAAACUGCUGUGAAUAGUUUUAGUGGUUGUAAAAUGCUAUUACAAGAGCAAGAAGAAUUACAAGAAAAUAAACGUUAUGAAUAAUUAUAUGAAUAGUUCUUAAGACGGCAUUAAAUUCUGAUCUGACUUUAAUAGAAACAGAAACAAACUCGCACACUCACCUAAGUUCACCUAAGGUCCUUAAAACAUAAUCCUAUUUCAAAUUCGGUUUCCGCAAAGCACUGCAACAGGUUUUUAUAAUCAAUCCAGAAAACACACACAUCCAUAGAAAAACUAGAAAUUCUCGAUUUCGGAUCAGGCGAGAUAACUGUAAUCAAAAGAACAUGGAAUUUUUCAAAGUACUCGUAAACGGCAAACGUUGAAGACAAUAAGACAUAAAAUUAAAACAAAGAAUACUUAUGAUGUGAGCCUCGUCGACAUUCGUGAACGUCGGCCACCAACUUGACAGUUUCGAUGGGCAAGCAACUUUAUAUACAGAGAUUUUUAUUAUUUUUAAUUUUUCGAAAAAAAGAUUUUGAAACCCAAACAGAAAAACAAAUUCCUUUGCAGUGAGAAGAAUGCCACGUAUAACUAGUAUCUGGGAGGGCUAUAUGAAAAGAAAUCUAUAAGAAAAGAGCCCACCCAAAAGCUCGAUAAAUGUACCUUGCGCAGAGACAGGUCGUUGGUUAGUUGGGUUAGUUGAUAAGCUUAUAGACGGCGAGCUAGAGCUAGAGAUAUGAGAGUUAAAAAGCCAAACAGUUGUUUUCUAUAUAAUAGUUAUAUAUAUCCAACUCAGAGAUUGAUAUGGAAACUACUCAUAAGUGUUAUAAACAUAACGCUCCG